AUGGCUAUAGAACAUACUAAUCAUGAUGUCAUGUUUAGCAGAAGACAGGUUGAGAUAAUAUCAGGGUUAGCAGCAGGGUUUUCGACUACUAUCGUGAUGCACCCUUUGGAUUUGAUAAAAGUAAGAUUGCAGCUAUCACUGGAAAACAGCACCCAACGAUUCAAGUCAUUGAUAAAUGUCAUAUCCAAAAUAAAUAAUUCGGCCACUGCCGACUUCAAUCAAUAUAAACAAAUACAUCAUUCGUCUGGAAUAAAAAGUGUCAUUCUCGGUCGAUAUAAGUUUCCCCAUACCAUAUUACAGUAUUAUAGGGGCAUAGGGCCCAAUAUUGGAGGAAACAUUGCUGCCUGGUCAUUGUACUUUACAUUGUAUGCUGAGUUUAAACGGUUAAUUAACUUCCAAAACCCCACUGCCAACUAUUUUACAUCGUCCACAGCUGCAGGUGUGGCAACUGGAUUAUUGACCAGCCCAAUCUGGGUGUUGAAGACAAGAAUAUUGGGGACCACCAAGAACGAUGCGGGAGCAUACAGGUCCGUGACUGAUGGGGUGAAGCGAAUGCUACAAAAGGAAGGAGUUCUCGGAUUUUGGAAAGGAGCCAUCCCCGGAUUAUUUCAGGUAUUUCAGGCAAGUUUACAAUUCACCUUCUACGAUCAUUUCAAGCAGCACCAACUCUCAAAAAAGCCUUCCAAUACGGAUAGAUUGUCCACGGGUGAGUAUCUUGGGGCAUCUGCUGCUUCCAAGAUCGUGAGUACGAUAAUAAUGUACCCGAGUCAGGUAAUCAAAUCAAGGCUUCAAAACUCCAUCACCGAAUACAAGUCCAUAAUAACUGUAUGUAAGGAAAUAUGGCAUAAUGAGGGCUAUUGGCGUGGGUUCUACAAGGGUGUUGGUACCAAUAUGCUUCGGGUUGUGCCCGCCACUUGCAUCACUUUCGUAUCAUACGAGACUGCAAAGGAUAUAAUAUCCCACUUAUAA